AUGACAAACUUUAUUAUAGGUGUAGACGUAGGUGGAACAAACACAGAUAGCGUCUUAGUUAAAGCUGAAAACAUGCAAAUUAUUUGCAAACAAAAAGCUUUUACUACUCCCGAUGUUACUACAGGUAUUUCUAACUCUAUUAAGCAGAUGCUCUCAUAAUGCCCUUUUGACCUCGAUAAAUCUUCUGUUUUUGCUAUUAUCAUUGGUACUACUCAUUUUAUUAAUGCUAUAUUGUAGAAGGGAGAUAAAAAUUCAACUGAAAAGCUCAAUAAAGUUGCAGUUAUUAGAUUCUGCGGUCCUCAAAGUUUAGAUUUCUAUCCAUUUUGCUAAAUUGAAAACUCUGAUUUGCUUUAAAGAAUUUAAGGACCAUCUUAUAUCUUGAAUGGUGGUUUUUACUUUGAUGGAGAAAAAGAGUACACAAAAAUGAAUGAAAAAGAAAUAAUAGAAAGUUUAGAAGAUAUUAUAGCAUAAGACAUCCAUAACCUCGUUAUCAGUGGUGUUUAUUCUACUAUGAAUAAUUCUCAAGAAAUCAAGGCCAGAGAGAUAGUUUAGGAAGAAUGUAAGAAACGUAAUUACAACAUUUCUAUUACUCUCACACACGAAAUAUGUAAGAAAGAUGGUCUUUUAGAAAGAGAAAAUGCAGCUAUUAUUAAUGAAUGUUUAAAAUAUCUUUCCUCAAUAACAUUUUAAGGUUAUAGAAAAGCUCUAGAUGAACUUGGAUUUGUCAAUACUCCAUUGUUUAUUUCUCACAAUGAUGGAUCAUUUAUGUCUGCUUAGGUUGCUCAAGUUAAUCCAAUCUUCACAUUCUCUGCCUCUAUAAUUAACUCUUUAAAAGGCGGUUCUUAAUUAUAUGGUGAAAAAGAUGCUAUCGUAGUUGAUAUAGGUGGAACUUCCACUGAUAUUGCUGUUAUGAGCAAAGGUAUCCCAAGAACAGCUAGCAAAUUUAUGGAAGUAAAUGGAAUUAUUUUAAAUUUCAGAAUGCCAUUAGUUCACACAAUCGCUCUUGGAGGUGGCUCAAUAGUAUAGGUAGGUAGAGAUGAAAAUCAAAGGGUAACUUUAACUAUAUAAAAAGAAUCUGUUGCCUUUAGACUGCUUCAAUCCGCUGUUUCCUUUGAAGGGGGUUCAGUACUUUGCAAUACUGAUUUUGCUAUUUAUAGAGAUAGCACUCUAGAAGCAUCUAUUCCUGGCGCUGAUAAAAAAAGAUUCGUUAAUUAUUUGUAAGGAAAAGGAUUCAAUCUUCAAGAAAUUGAUUAAUUAGUAGAACUUCAUAAAAAAUAAUUGACUGAAAAAUUAACCUCCGAAAUUGAAACUUUAAUUACAGAUACAACUUAGAAAAUGAAGAUUUUACUUGUUGGUGGUGGUGCUUGCUUAGUUGACAGUAAAUACCUUGAAGAAGCCACUUAGGGUGUUUGUGAAGUAUAAAAACUUUUACCUAAUUAAGAUGUUGCAAAUGCAUUAGGUUCCACUUUGACAGAUGUAACAGAAAUAUUUGAAAAAGAAGUGAUCAUAUAACCUAAUUAAACUGAAUAACAACUAAUUUAAGAAAUAGAAGCUAAACUUAUUGAAUAAGCCAAGUAAAAUGGAGCUUAAGAACCUGUAGAAGUUGUUGAAAUUAUUUCUAAUGAAGUUUCUUAUUCUCAUAAUAAAAAUUAAAAGAAACUUUAUAUCAAAGUAAAAGGAAAGUUUAGCUGGGAUAAAUGUCCUUCUUCUUUCAGAGAAGUUUGUAAAUUAGAUCAAAUGUUUUCUCUAGAUCCUUCUAAGGCAGCUUAAAAGUCUACUCCUAAAAUCAAUUAUGUAUUUAAAAAACCAGAAAUACCCAAACUUAAUCUAGAUGAUGGAAGUUGGAAGCCAUUAACUGUAAUAAAUAAUAUUGAAGAAUUUAAAAAUUUAGCUUGGGGAUGCGCUGUAUUAGGAUCAGGAGGUGGUGGUUCAGUAGAAAAAUCUGUUCUUGUUGGUUAGAGAUUGUUUGAAGAGAGAAAAAAACCUUUGAUUUUAUAUGACCCAGACUCAAUGAAAGAUGAAGACCUUCUCUGUAUUGUAGGCCACUAUGGUGCUCCAACUAUCUUUUAAGAAAGUGGGUUUACUAUUCACGAGUUAUUUAAUUCUUUCAAGGCAUUAAACUAAUUUGUAGGAAAUAAAAUUAAUUCCUUAGGAUGUGUUGAGGUUGGAGGAUGUAAUGCUUUGGCUUGCAUAAUAUUAGGUCUUGCUUCAGACAUCCCUGUUUUUGAUUGUAAUGUGAUGUGUAGAGCUUUCCCUGAAUUGUGCGAUAUUUUACCAAUUAUUCAUAAGUAAAGUCCUCUUCCAUUAGCAUUUGGUGACUCUAAAAACAAUAGAUAUCUUAUUGAUGAUAUCUAUUUAUCAAACCCUCCAUUACAUGAAGAAUUUUAGAAUCUUGAAGGCCUUUUAAGAGACUGGGUAGUAAAGCAUUUUGGUAUGAUGGGAAGCAUUGCUUGUUAAGUAAGCAAUAGAGAAUUUGUACAAAAGUACUACUUUAAAGGAGGUUAUCAAUAAGCUUUGAAGAUUGGUGAAACUUUACAUUAGGGAAUAAAUAUUCAACAAAAACCUGUUGAAAAAGUUAUCGAAGAAGACUUACAAAAUGUUGUUCCUAAUGCUAAGGUGAUAAUAAAAGGUAAAAUUAUCUAGUCUAUAAGGAAAAAAUAAGGAGGUUAUGACUUUGGUGAGGUAAUUAUCAAGGGAACACUAUACAACUAAAACGAAAAAUAGGAAAAGUAUGUUUCUAUCAAAUACAAAAACGAAUUCCUUUUUGCAGAAGAGGUCAAAUUAGAUGAAUAAACUUAAUAAUAUAUUAGCGGAGAACCUUUAGUUAUGACUCCAGAUUUAAUAACUCUCCUUGAUGAGUACAAAGGAACAGUCAUUCAUAGUGAAGAUGUGUGCUAUGGUCUUAGAGCUGUAGUUAUAGCUUUACCAGUUGACCCUAAAUUCACUACACCCGAAGCUUUAAAGGUGAUAGGUCCUCCAGGUAUGGGCAUUGAUAUUAAUGUCCCAUAUAAACCUUAUUAUUGA